GGUACAAGUACGGAACCCCCAUUGGUCCAAAAAAGAAAGAAAGACUGAAACCAUCUCACUGCCUUAUAAUACAGAGCGGUGGAGUCAGACAGACACGGUGUAGAUCAACGGUCAGUUAUUAAAUCGCCAAUUCGGUGACUAUGAGAGUCUUAAUAGGAGGGGGAUCUGGCUUUGUGGGCCGCGAGCUCACUCGUCUGCUCAGAGACAAAGGUCACGAGGUCACAGUGAUAUCUCGCCAGCCCGGUCCAGGGAAAAUAACAUGGGGUGAGUUGGAGUCUCAUGGCCUCCCACCAUGUGAGGGCGCCGUCAACUUGGCUGGAGAAAAUCUCAUGAACCCACUGCGAUGGUGGAACGAAAGCUAUAAAAAAGAUUUGUUCUCAAGUCGCAUCGACACGACAAAAGCUCUGGCUCAAGCCAUCGCCGCUUCCCCCAGUCCUCCUCACUCCUGGGUGCUGGUAUCAGGUGUCGCUUGUUACAAACCCAGUCUGACAGCCGAGUACACAGAAGACAGUGAGUGGACACCAUUCGACCUCCUCUCCAGGCUUGUCAAAGAGUGGGAGGCCUCAGCAAUUCUGCCUGAGAGUGUGGCACAGACCACCAGACAAGUUGUCAUCAGACCUGGGGCCGUGCUGGGUCGUGACGGUGGCGCCAUGAAGCAGAUGCUGCUGCCCUUCUGGCUCGGCCUCGGGGGCACCCUGGGCUCAGGGAGGCAGCCGUUCCCCUGGAUCCACGUCUCAGACCUGGCAGGAAUUGUCGCCCACGCCCUGGAGCCGCCGCCCACCGCCGCUCCCUCAUCUUCACAGCAAGUGUUGAACGGAGUCGCACCCGCGCUGAACACCAACUACGAGUUCACUAAGGAGCUCGGCCGACUUCUGCGGCGGCCCACCAUCUUUCCCGUGCCAGGCUUCGUCAUGAACGGCCUGAUGGGCUCCGAGAGGGCGGUGGUCCUCACCCAGGGACAGAAGGUCAGACCACAGAGGACUUUAGAGGCCGGAUUUCAGUACAAGUUCCCGGACUUGACCUCAGCCCUGAAGGAGAUUGUUGGGAGUUAAGAGAUUUUGGAAGAAUGUGUGGUGGCUUAAAUUAUCUGUGUAAUUAUGCCUUAAUAUUUACUGUGUCUUAUAUGGAGAGAAUAUAAAGAACAACUGUAACUGAGGUGACAUAUUUCUGUAAAGCUCACAUUCAUCAGAUUCAUAAGCUGCUUGAAAGGUGCGUUUGAAUCAGGUUUUACAAACUGCAGGUUUUCUUUUCUUGGGAGACUUCGUAUUGAAAAUGGAUCCCAGCACCUGAGACACAGUAGACGCCUCUAAAGUCAGAUGUGAUAUCAUCCUGCACUGGGAUCAGAUUUUUUUUCUGUUGAAAUUUGUCUGACGGAGCAGGACGUCUUCAGGCUUUCAAUCUUUUGCUUCUCCAGUUUGUCGACAAACCACAUGAACACACUUUAGUGACUUCAUUUGAGCAAGAAAAAGUGAAAAUGUAAAUCGGUGGAUCUUUUGGAUUUUGGGAUUCUUUCAGUAAAGGGAUGAUAUUGAGCUCUGAAGAUGACACAUGAAACAUACCUACAUGGCCUCUUUUUCAAUUUUGGGACAGCCUACCCUUCACAUUAAAGCCAAAAUUGACAACU